AUGGCAGAAAGUUAUGUAAAGACAGAACUAGAGGAAAAGAGGACUUCCACAAGGAUUGGCGGAACCAGCAGCGAAAUGGUUGUUUUCACAAGUGAAAUUCCCGUCACUGUUAAGCAAGAAGAAACGGAGACAUCUUGCAACAUGAGUGGCCAAGAGAGUACGAAUUUACCCAUUACCUCAACGAGCUACGCGGAACAUUCCUUUGUAGAAGUACGAGCCCUUGAUGACGUAUUGAGUAUCCAAAUAAGUAAUGUUCAAGGUUCACUUCCUUUCCAAAAUGGUUCUGAUGAAGAAAUACCGUUUUUAGGCAAGCAGAAAGAAAACCAAAUGGAUAAAUCACUAUUUAGUGAUAAACAACUGAAAUCAAAUUUUCGUUACAGCAACCAUGGGAACACUGUAUCAGAGGUUCAAGAAUUAUAUCGAGACGUGGAAUUCACUAAAGAUACAGCCACACAAAAGGAAACUCAUUCUAAGGAGAAUGAAUUGCGAUCUCCCAUAAGUCAAACCAGAUUUUACAAUGGGAUACAAUUGGCCGAUAUAGCAGAAAAAGAGAAAGAAAUAUAUUGUCAUUCAAGGUCUUCCAACGAAGAAGUAUCAGGUGCGGAAAACCACCCUGCAGGCGGUUCAACAACGGUAUUUUCAGCUUUUCAAGCGAAUAACGAAUCCCUAUUUCCAGUAUAUCAGAUGGGUAACGACAAGGCGAUGCGGGUAAACCAGUUUGACACCCAGAAUGGCACCCACGAAACAGCAUCAUCUUAUCAAACUGGCAUCAGCAAGCUUCCGUCAUCAAAUGAGAUCUUAAACGAAAACGUCCCUCUUUACCACGUGGGCACUGUGAAAGAAAUGGCUGCGUCACAGACAAGACUCAUCGAAAGGGAACCACGAUGCCAGGUCAGGAACUAUCAACCAGAAGUAUCGGAGUCUUUAGGUGGUCAGGUUGUCAAUUCUGGCGAAUCCCUCAGGUUUAACCAGAGACAGAUAAACGACGCAGGGCUAAACUAUAACAUGAACGCCAUAUAUAAGUGCUGUAAGUGUGGCUGCCAUUCAUCAGCGCAGAGUAACCCUUACUACGGCCUUCCACCUGGUUUAGAAAGCCAGCGCCCAUCAGUUAUUAUGGUUCCUGUAAACUGGAACAGCAUAGCCUCUGGGACGUCGCACAUGCCUUUGAAGGUAGGACGACAGUUGAGGUUUCUUGCGUGUUUUAGUAGGAGUCUUACGAAACUACGACGGUGACCGCAACGGGAACGACAAAGCAACAAUAGGUUUAGUGACAAAAACAACACUCUGCACGUGCAUCACGCUUUUCUGUAAAUUUCUUUGCCGUCCCUGCACAACUACGACGUGAAAUGACCAAAUGUUAAGUUUACUCGAGAACGGGAACCGGGCAAGGCGAUAAAUUCUACCAUCUCUGUCUGAACUCAGGCGUGAUCCCUUAAUUCUCUUAAGCUCUAAUCCAAAUUCCUUUCUUUUAAGUAACCGGGCGACUUGGGAUAAUCGCGAAAAAAAAAGUAAAACGAUUGCUAAGUCUAUUUUUCAGCGACGUUUUCAUGGACGUCGAUGUUGUAGGAUCGUAAUGUUCCUAGAAAGUCGCUGCCGGCGUUAGCUUAACCCUUUCACUCUUAGAAAAACUAUGGCGAAACUGUUUGCCUCUCUGAUUUCGGCAAGCCUAGAUUUUUUCAGGCUUUAUUUCGUAGCUACGUAAGUUGCGAUGUUCCUCUUCUCUUCUUCCGCUGUCAGUGUCCCAGUGUAUUCCACAGUCUAGUGUGCAUGCAUACCCAGAUUGUGUUCUUAAUUGUCAUGAAAGACGUUGUCACCACAGAUGUUUUGACUUUUAAGAAUUUAAAGGCUGGCGAUUUGUAACAUGGGAAGCCGAUUGAAUUUUACGCAAAUGAUACAUAGAUACUGAGCGCAAAAGGAAAAAUCACACUUCCCUUAAGAAACAAAAGCAACGUAUGAGGGAUACAUGGAUACCGAGAAAAUAUGAAUCUGUAAGAUUUUUAUGCCGUGAAAUGUUGAUACUGCUCUUAAAACUGCAGUAGAUUGACCCAGUAUAAAAGUGGGUUGAUUGAACGGUAUUCACCGGAUGUCUCUUAAACAGCUCUUAAUAUCAUCUUAUGGUAUUAAGCAUCGCGUUUACGACAAACGGCAAGUGAGAGAUUCAGGUUGAGAAAUUUUCAAAAUGAGAAAUGAACAGUUAAAACACCUUAAAACAAUUUUUAUGGAUAGAAUUGGCGUGAAUCUACCGAUUUCCGUGCAGUUAUAAUGAACAGUAAACGACAAGUAAAGUGGAAACUUGGUCACGUGGCACAAAUUCACGUUUGCCUUUUGCCGUUUGCCGUAAACGCGAUGCUUAAUCUCUCUAUAACAAUUACUAGUUAACGUUUACCUGCACUGUAACAUGUUGGCUAAACGUCGGCCAAUAGGUUGAAGCAAUUUUUUUGAAGCCUAUCAGUAAAAAGGGGAAGUGUGACGUAAUGUUACUAUGGUACCAAAAUUCCUGAAUCUCAACAAUCUUUCUUGACCAGAGACGGCCAUUUGCAUUGUCGAACGAUGGAAGAAAAGGUGCGGGCUAUCGUUUUGUCCCUGAAAGCAAUCAUGAACAGAGAAGUCAUGCAUGUCAAUUUUUGUCUUUUUUCUGCCAUAUUUGCAGUACCACGGAUAGUUGAGAUCCAGAAAUUUUGCUACCAUGGUACUUUGGCGUUGCCACUUCUCCUCUCUGUUGUGUUAAUUCUUGCCCCCCAGAGCCUCUGGUUUCGUUUGAUCACGUGAUCAACAAAACUAGUUCGCCAAGUUUUCACUACCUUUACUGUAAUACUGUUUACAUAAGCAAUCAAUGAUGUUUUUUUGUCUCUUUUGCAGGGUAAUACACCUUACUCGCUAGCGUCAAAAAAUUGGCGAAACGUCUCUAAUAUUGCGGUAAGCGACGUUUUUACGUUAUUUGAUUGUUUUUUGUUUUGUUUUUUUUUAACGAAAGCUUUGACUUGCAGAGUAAUUGGUAAAAUUGACAAAUUCAUGAAGAAAUAUAGCUGUCACACUCACUCACUUUGAAAUCUUAGAUUUCUACUGGAGUUUCUGAUUUUCUCGGCCAUUUAACUCAAAUUCGCGCUUUUGUAUCCUUUAAGGGUCAACAAUUUGAGUCUGAUUCAUCUGACGACGAUGAUGACGAACGAGAAGAUAGGUAUUUUCGAUGGAACAUUGAUGGCACAACAGCGAGGUUCAAGCUGACACGUGAAGACUGGGAAAGGAUUCCAAUUAAUACUUUCCCAAGCGGUGGCCGACUGUUGAGUGGCGACUGGACAAGAAUCUUUCUUGAAAAAGUCAAAGAAAGCAACCCAUGGUGCAGUUUACGCUUCAAAAAUAAUCACGUGAGAUCAGAAAACUCGCGCAAAAUCCACUCAGCGGUUUUCUUCAGAGGAGGCGCAGAAUGCAAGCGACCGGAGUGCAAUGUGAAAUACGUGGGUAAUGUUUGCCACAGCAGCCGGCCUGGAGUGAGUGAUAGCGCCAUUAGACGAAACAAGCGAGUUCGUCGGACGAAUUCGUCGUGA